ACCAAUAAGAAGCCAGCUAGCCAACAGCCAAUCAAAAUCUGCCUAUAUCGCUUUUCUUGGACUUAGGCUUGCUUCGAAAGGAGAGGGAGGUAUCAUGACCUUAAAAAGCUAUAUUAGGUCAAUUGAUGGAUUUGUCCAUCGUUGUGCUAUAUGCUCCAAGCGUGUUAGCAUUAGAGAGG